UAAAUAAAGCUCAUUACUCAGUUCGGUGCUACGAUUUUAACAUAAGUUGAUUUGUAAUCGCGAGCGGCGUUACUCGUCCGCGCCUCUAAUGGAAAUAAGAUCAAGUGCGUUGAAGGAAGAAAAUUUAGUUUUUCAUUUGAAGUUAAGAGAAUUGUGCUCGCCAUGAUUAUUCUAACGAUAAUAUUCAUAGCUGUAUGCAUCUACUGGAUAUACUGGCUUGCGCAUGCGCGACGCAUGGAUCGCAUGACGAAAUCUCUGCCCGUGCUCCCGACUCUACCACUCAUUGGAAAUGGCUCACUCUUCUUAGGAGAUACCCAGCAAAUGCUUAAGAACCUUUGGACUGUCGCGAAUUUGGCUUUCAAACACAAAAACUCUGCGAAGCUUUGGCUUGGCCCUAAAUUAUACGUAGCAAUCGGAGAUCCCAGAGACGCGCAGGUUGUACUAGAGAACUGCCUUGACAAGGAUGUAGUGUAUCGGUUCCUACGGCCUUGGCUAGGUCACGGGCUCUUCGUGGCACCAGUGAACCUAUGGAAAACACAUAGAAAAGUGUUAUUACCGGUUUUCCAUAACAAAGUAGUUGAAGAAUACUUGGGAGUCAUAGCGGAACAAGCGGACGUGCUUAUAGACCGACUCGCGGAAAGAGUUGACGGAGAUAAGUUCGAUGUACUUAAGUACAUUACUGCUUGUACCUUGGACAUUGUUUUUGAAACAGCCAUGGGCGAGCGUAUGGGAGUCCAGCAAUCACCUGAUACUCCUUACCUUCGCGCUCGUCACACAGUUAUGACGAUUCUCAACAUGCGUCUAUUCAAAGUUUGGCUCCAACCAGACUGCCUCUUCAACCUUACACAGUACGCUAAACAACAGAAGGAUAACAUCGACUUGACUCAUAAGUUCACAGAUGAAGUCGUCCAAAAAAGGCGACUGGAAUACGAAGAGAAUAAAAAGAAGAAUAUCGUCAAGGAACAACGUGAAGGAAAACUUCGUGCAGUUCUCGAUUUAUUAUUUGGCAGAGAAAUAGAGUUUACUGAUGAACAACUGCGAGAGCAUAUUGACUCCAUCACGAUCGCUGGCAAUGAUACCACGGCACUGGUCAUCGCUUACACUCUCGUACUGCUUGGUAUACAUCAGGAUGCACAGGAGAAAGUUCUAGCAGAGCAACAAACAAUUUUCGGAUCAUCAACACAAGGAGCUACUAAAGAUGACUUACAAAAGAUGCACUACUUGGAGCGAGUGAUCAAAGAGAGCAUGCGACUCUACACCGUAGUACCAAUCAUUGCUAGAAAUGUCGACAGGGAUAUCUAUUUGCCAACUUGUGGAGUCACUCUGCCGGCGGGCACAGGAGCGGUGAUCGGUGCCUUUGCGAUACACCGAUCGGCAGCGUGGGGCCCAGACCACGACGAGUUCGACCCUGACAGGUUCCUACCAGAACGUUCCCAGACCAGGCACCCAGCUGCUUUCCUUCCUUUCAGCUAUGGCUCCAGAAAUUGUAUAGGGCGUAACUUCGGCAUGCUUAUAAUGAAAAGUAUAAUAUCGAGCGUGGUGAGAUCAUACAAAAUAGAAGCCGACGACAUCGGUCCACUAAAAAUAGAAAUGCUAUUAUUUCCCAUAAAUGGACAUCUAAUUAAAAUUUCUAAAAGAACUCUUUAAUUUAGGUACUUAUUAAUAGUAAUAAAACAAUUUACCAAGACAAA